GACCAAAACACAGUCCGGUCUCCGUGGCAGCCAUCAGGGGGGGUGGGGGUACAGGACGUUGCGCAGUGCAGGACCGGGAGGUGGGACGGUGCGGGAGACAGACAGAGGUGGAGGCUGCUCCAGAUGUGAAUCGGUGGACAUAACGCUGCCUGAGCUAAAGACAGUCACCAUGCAGACAGGUGUGUUCAUGAAGUCUCACCUGGACACGUUGGUCCCGUGUGUCCUGCUCCUUCACCUGUGUCUGGCUGCACCAGGUCAACCAGGGACACAGAGAGAGGAAUCAGUAGAUGACCCUUCUCCGUCUGUAGCACUACCCAAUCCCUUUGGCUCUGGGGAGGAGGACCGCAGGCUGCUGCAGAGUUUCAUUCAAUCCAGUGUGAAGGAGUCUGAGGGUCAGGGAGGAGCAGAUAUCAGCUCCUGGGAACAAGAGGUCUUCUUCCUGUUUCGUCUGUAUGACUUCGACCGCAGUGGGUUGCUGGACGGCUUGGAGAUGAUGAAGCUCCUUUCAGACUACAACUCCCAUCAUACACCAGUAGCACAGGCCAAUGAGUUGGUGAGGAAGAGUGGGGUGGUGUCUAUGGUAGACUUUUUACUCCAGACUCAGGAUCUAAACCAGGACGGUCUACUGGCCCCCUCAGAGCUACUCUCUCCUUCAUUACCUCACACAAAGGACUCCAACAGUGACCAUGCACCUCUUCAGGGGGCAGCAGAGGAGAGGCUGUCAAAGCCCGGCACUGAGGAGGAGACAGCAGGAGCAGCGGAGCAGAAAGAGGAGGCUCAAGUGAACGAGCAACCUCAAUAUGAAGUGAAGAUCGAGGAGGAAAAUGAACUCAUAAAGCAUUCAGAUGAACAAAAUGGACAACAACUCCAAAACGUCCCAGCAGCAGAUCAGGAGCAUUACCAGGGAGUGCCCGUACAUCGGGGGCAACCUGAGAUGUGAACUACAAUCACACUAGAGAUCGUUCUGGUCUCCUGGGUCCUGAGUACCACUAUCACCUGAGAGAACGUCUUAGUUUUCCUCCUCAGUGAAGGAUCUGAUUUUACAAUGGACUGUUUAAUAUUAUUGAUGCAUCUGUUGAGAGUACUCCUGUCACUGUGUUGGAAAACUCCAUCUAUUGCUUUCAUUGUGGAUGCAAAAAUAUCUAAAGCUAUAAAAGGGACAAAGGUCCUGAGUUCAAGAUGCAAUAAUAUCCGUGUUUGUAAAAUGGAAGCCAUCAGAAUAUUUCUUUUAAAUAAAUUUUGUUUUCCCAACCACAAAAAGUUGAUAAUUGAAUUCUAAAUCAUCAAGAUGUGCUUAAUUUUGAUUUUUUUUAAAUCAUCCUAUUUAUUUACCCAUCUCUCCCAGACAUGAUUUUUCUUUGCAGAGACUGUUACAAGCAGCUCAGUGGUGUCAUUAAAUUUUAAUCAGGCUUUCCUUAAAAUGGGGUAAGAACACACAUCUAAUAAUAUAUAUUUUAAUGAGGAAUUAAAUGUUCCUGAAUGAGUUUGGGGUUUUUGAAAUCAUAGAGUAGCCGAGUUACAGUGCUGAGUUACAGCCGACCACCACCAGACUACAGGCUCAUGAAUGUUCAUCUUCACAGGCAGUGACAGGAAGGCCCUGCUGAAACUAGAUCUGAUGCAAUCUUAAAUUCAGUUUUUAUCUGUAAACUGGAAUGUGUUUACAGCCAGACAGGGUUUACUGUUUGUCUUCCUUUGUUUAAUUUUCUAAUCAUUUAUGCAUUUAUACAUCUGGAGAAAAUAAAGUAAAUACUGUCCCUCUCUC